GAAACUUUGUUUCCAUGAUCCAUCACAUAUGUUGUCUUCUUGGAAAGGCAAUGACUGUUGUGAAUGGAGAGGAGUAGGCUGUGACAAGAAUGGCCAUCAUGUUGUCUCAAUUCAACUCAAGGGAUCAAUAUUUGAUCAACCUCAAUUGUACUUGAUUGACAAUGUUGAGGAGGUUGUUUCGAGUUUGCUCAUGCUGAAAUACUUGGAACACCUGGACUUGAGCGGAAACUACUUCAACAAAAGCCUUAUUCCGCACUCCUUUGGUUUGAUGAAGCAGCUAAGUUACCUAAAUCUCUCUCAUGCUCAUUUUGGAGGAAGAAUUCCUAGUGAACUUGGAAACCUUACGAGGCUUCGUGUUCUUGAUCUUGCUGACUAUUAUGGUGGAGCAUUGAAGGUUGAUGAUGACAUUCAGUGGAUUUCUCGUCUCUCCUUUCUGCAACAACUUGAUAUGAGUGAGAUGUUAGGUGUUCUUGGAAAUUCAUUUGAAUGCUUUGGAUAUGAAUUAGAGAAUAUGGAUUUAGGAGAAAAUAACAUAAGUGGCCUUAUGCCUAAUUGGUUAGGGGAGCUCAAAAGGCUAAGAUACCUUAAUCUUAGCUCGAAUACAUUUGUCGGUCCAAUCCCAAGUUCUCUUGAGACAAUUUCAUCUUUAAGAGAGUUGGAUCUUUCAAUGAAUAAGUUGAAUGGGACCAUUCCUAUGUGGAUUGGGAAGUCGUUGGCCCUCCAAAAAUUAAAUCUUUUUGAGAAUCAAUUGAGUGGGAGUAUUCCAGAGAGCGUUGGGCAACUUUCUAAGUUAAAGCACAUACAUCUUUCUUACAAUCAAUUGAAUGGAAGUAUUCCAGAUAGUAUUGGGCAACUUUCUAACCUAGAGUAUUUGAGCUUUUCUUCAAAUAAAUUGAAUGGGGUCAUUCCAAAUAGUAUUAGUAAACUUUCCAAUUUGCAAGUCUUGGAUGUUGCAUAUAAUUCUUUGGAAGGUGUCAUUUCAGAAGCUCACUUUGCAAAAUUAUUCAAGUUGAUAGAGUUGUCCAUUGGGUUUAACAACUUGAAUUGUGAGAUGAAAUCAAACUGGAGACCUCUUUUCCACCUUGAAUAUAUUGGGAUGGAAUCUUGUAAAUUUGGAACAGGAUUUCCUGAAUGGCUUCAAUUACAGAACACAGCAUACAUGGUUUAUCUCUCAAAUGCUAGCAUCUCAGGACCUCUUCCAGAAAACAUCAGUCAUAUGAUGCCUCAGCUAAGACACUUACUUCUUGCAGAUAACCUUAUAAAUGGUUCGAUUCCAAAGUCAUUAUGUAAUUCAAAAACUUUGGAAUUUCUUGAUCUCUCAAACAAUAUGUUAUCUGGAAGUAUUCUUGAUUGUUGGAGAAAUGAUCAAGCAUUUUAUCUUAUGGAUCUAUCUUUUAACAGUUUUUCAGGUCUAUUUCCAAACACAAUUGGGAAGCUUAAUUUUCUACAUGUACUUCAGUUGAACAACAAUAGUCUCCAUGGGGAACUACAUAGGGCUUUGAAAAACUUCAGUUCUUUGGUGGUUUUGGAUUUGGGCGAGAAUAAAUUCUCUGGAAACAUAACAUGGAUUCGGGAGCAUGAGAUUCACUUUCUAAAGGUUCUUCGACUACGAAAAACUUUGUUUUUUGGUAAUAUUCCUUUGGAACUAUGCUUGCUCUCUCAAUUGCAAAUUCUAGAUCUUGCGGAUAACAAUCUCACAGGAACAAUUCUUCCUUGUUUUGGAAAUUUCCCAAUUAUGGUGAAUGCAACACAACUGAUCCCUCACAUGGAUGGAGAAUGUUGGCAUUGGACGCAUUUGAUGGAAGUUGUGAAAGGGAGGUUCCUUGAGUAUACAAAAAAACCACUUGGACUUGAGAGUAGUAUAGAUCUUUCGAGUAACAAUCUAGUAGGAUCCAUUCCUGAUGAGCUAGUUUUUCUUCAAGGAUUGCACAAUUUGAAUCUGUCUUGGAAUCACCUCUCGGGAAACAUCCCUAAGAAUAUUGGACAAAUGGAGAAUUUGGAAUCUAUUGAUUUCUCCCAAAAUGACCUUUCAGGAUUGAUCCCGAAUAGCAUAUCAAGUUUAACUAAGUUGAGCCACCUUAACUUGUCAUACAACAACUUGUCAGGGUUAAUUCCAAAUGGCAAUCAGCUCCAAACACUUGAAGAUCCAACUAUUUAUGCUGGCAACCCUCAACUUUGUGGAGCUCCACUUUUGAAGAAAUGCUCAGAUGAUGCGUUACCUCCAACAAUUUCUUGCUCCAAGGACAAUGAUGAAGGAGUAUUUGAAGAAAUGUGGUUUUAUAUUGUUGUGAUGUCAGGCUUUGCAACUGGAUUUUGGGGAGUUCUAGGAACUUUGCUUGUUAUGCAAAGCUGGAGAUGUGCUUAUUUCCAAUGGGUGGAUGAUGUCAACAACUGGAUCCUUAUGGUUAUAAAAUUGAAAGUGGCACAAUUCAAGAUUUUCAAUGGCAACCCAAAUGAAUUUGAAAGUGGCACAAUUCAAGAUGUUUAGUGGUAACUCAUAUGAUCAGUGAGUUAUAUAAGGAGUAUGUUGUUGAUACUACAUUUGUUACUAAAUUGUGUUUCAAAUUAGUGUGCUUGUAUGUAUUGUGUGAAGCUUUUCUAAUUCUCGUUUGUGUACUCUUGGUUUGUCUCUAGUUUAUGGGGAGUAUUUACUAUCAAUGUUUGAGGUUGAAUUAUUCUUGUUCUAUAUAAAUAGAGGAAAAAUAAGCCAAGCUUGUUUAA